AACGGCACCAAAGAAAAAAUAUAUUAAAAAAAAAAGAAAAGGAAACUUCCAGAUCCCGAGGGCAUUUCGGUCAUUUUCAUUGGUUCCACGGCAUAUUUGCACUGUAUCCCUCCUGCUUGCUUACUUCUUCUUCCUCCUCCAAGGUUCAGAGUAAAGAAGAAGCCAUUAACAAACACCAAAUCCAAAAUCUCAGAGUGCGUUGCAAGCGAGCCGAUCAAACUCCAUAACUUCAUUCUGUUCUUCCAAUUUCCCUUUCGUUUUUCGCUUUUUCUUCUCUUUGGCUUCUCUGCAAAUCCCAAUUCCUCCCUUCUCCGAUGGACAGAACCACUCCUGUUCGGAAGCCCCACACCUCCACCGCAGAUCUCCUCACUUGGCCUGAAGUUCCGGCCGCCGAUUCCCCCGCCCUUCCCUCUUCUGCUACUCGCUCCGCUCCCAGGUCCCAUCAGCCCUCCGAUGGGAUCAGUAAGGUGGUGUUUGGAGGCCAGGUCACGGAUGAGGAGGUUGAGACCUUGAACAAAAGGAAACCCUGUUCUGGGUAUAAAAUGAAGGAGAUGACUGGCAGUGGCAUUUUUGUUGCCAACGAAGGAGAUGAUGAGCUAGAAUCUGGAAGCGCCAACCCUGCCCAGAAUAAAACAGGAAUACGUAUGUACCAGCAAGCCAUGGCUGGAAUUAGUCAUAUUUCAUUCGGUGAAGAAGGAAGUGUUUCUCCUAAAAAGCCCACUACUGUACCCGAGGUUGCGAAGCAGCGUGAGUUGAGUGGGAACUUAGAGAGCGACUCUGAUGCAAAGUUGAAGAAGCAGCUCUCCGAUGCUAAAUGCAAGGAGCUCAGUGGGCAUGACAUAUUCGCAGCUCCUCCUGAAAUUCUACCCCGACCAACAACUGCACGCACUUUGGAUUUAAAAGGAAGCAUCGAGAUAGGGGAGCCUGCUCAUAAUAGAAAUGCCAUCCCCGGAGAAGAACCUUCCGUAAAGACAGCAAAGAAGAUUUAUGACAAGAAAUUUUCAGAGCUAUCAGGGAAUGACAUCUUCAAAGGCGACGUUCCUCCAUCGUCUGCAGAGAAACCGUUGAGCGUGGCAAAAUUGCGAGAGAUGAGUGGCAGCGACAUAUUUGCAGAUGGGAAGGUAGAGACGCGAGACUACUUGGGCGGGGUACGCAAGCCCCCGGGCGGGGAGAGCAGCAUUGCCUUGGUUUAAUUUAUCUAGGUUCUAACAAAACUCAUAUACUUUCACUUGGUGGGGGAGAAGAUGGGGAUAUGGUACUAUGCAAAUUGAAAAUUGUCAUCGGUUUGGGUAAUUAUGUUUUAGGUUUAACAACUAUGGAGUCUACUAAUUGGGUUGUGAGUCCAUAAUGUUUCUGUACUUGAUUGUGUGGUCUGUGUAGUGCAGUUAUCUUUGUUGUCUCUGCCUAUUUUACUUCACUUUUCGGGUUUUCAUUUAUUUAUCAUUAUAUUAUUGAUUAAUUCAUUCAGUUA